AUGGCCCCCCCCGUGCCCCAGGGGCUGGGUAGGCCACGCCGGCCGGAAUCCGCCAGUCCCGGGCCCCGAACGGGGCGGCUUGAUCUCCUGCCGUGCAUUGUUUGGGCCUGCCUGGGGCUGCGGGCCGAGGCGCUCGCCCGCUCCUGCCGCGGCUGGCAAUGGCGCCCCGAGGCCGGGGCCGCGGCGCUGCCCGCGCCCCCGGCCGGCCUGCCCGCGCCCCCGGCCGGCCUGCCCGCGCCCCCGGCCUGCCCGCGCCCCCGGCCGGCCUGCCCGCGCCCCCGGCCGGCCUGCCCGCGCCCCCGGCCGGCCUGCCCGCGCUCCCGGCCGGCCUGCCCGCGCCCCCGGCCGGCCUGCCCGCGCCCCCGGCCGGCUCGCUCGGCUUUCCGCGGCCCGGACGGGGCCCGGGGUCCCGGCCCGGCGGCGGCGGCCGCAGGGAGGGAGGGCGGGACCGCCGCUCCGGCCUCGCCCCUUGCGCCCGUUGGUUGCGGCCCGGCCGUGUUUUGCAUAAUCCCCGCCCCGCGCCAGCUCCGCUCCAAUGGGAGCGUGGGUGCGGCUGUCAUUAGCAUACGCACCUCUGCCCUGGGCGCGGAGCCGCCGUGGUCGCGGGAGCGAGCUGCGGAGGGGCGGCAGCGCCAGCGGAGCCGCGGCCGCCGAGCACCGGGGCACGGCCCGGCACCGGCAGCGCCUCCGGCACCGCCACGGCCUCCCCCGAGCGCUGCCUGCGCGGCUGACAUGAGUGGUGGCCAGCAGCGCUGCAGGCUCUGCACGGGGCAGGCGGGCGGCGGAGGGCUGGCUUCCCUCUGA